UGUGUGUGUGUGUGAGAUAUUUGUUUGCAUACACCAAAUUGCAAAAACAAAAACAAAAAAAUUCUCAUUCAUCAAAUCACCAAAAAUUAGAUUAAAUGCAUCACGCUUGCACCACUGUCAUUACAAUCUUUCACUCCCAUCCAAUUGAUCAAUAUGAAUCUUGAUUUUAUGUUUUUGAUUUUAGAAAGUGAAACAAGUUUGUGAAUUACAACAAUGGCACCAAAGGUCUCAAUUCUUCCCCAAGUGGGAUUCCUAUUCAUAUUAUGCCUAUGGACAGCCAUGGCAGAACCAAAAUCAGAAUACACCAAAUACAAGGACCCCAAACAGCCCCUUAACAUUCGAAUACGUGACCUCAUGAACCGGAUGACUCUAGCCGAGAAGAUUGGGCAGAUGAUACAGAUAGAAAAGGCCAAUGCCACCCAUGAGAACUUGAGGGAUUAUGCAUUUGGUAGCAUACUAAGCGGUGGAGGAAGCGUUCCUCGUAAUGAGGCCUCUGCCGAGGACUGGGUCAACAUGGUGAAUCAGUUUCAGCGAGGUUCACUCUCAAGUCGGCUUGGAAUUCCCAUGAUUUAUGCAAUCGAUGCAGUGCACGGACACAACAAUGUCUAUAAGGCCACAAUUUUCCCACAUAACAUUGGUCUUGGAGCAACAAGGGAUCCAGAACUUGUGAAGAGGAUUGGUGUUGCCACUGCUCUUGAAGUUAGAGCUACUGGCAUUCCUUAUGCGUUUGCACCAUGCAUUGCGGUAUGCAGAGAUCCAAGAUGGGGUCGUUGCUAUGAAAGCUAUAGCGAGGAUCACAAAAUUGUACAAGCAAUGUCUGAAAUGGUAAUCGGUUUACAAGGGGAGAACCCUAAUCGAAAGGGUGUUCCUUAUGUUGGUGGAAAGGACAAAGUUUUGGCUUGUGCAAAACACUUUGUGGGUGAUGGUGGCACGGUCAAGGGAAUCGAUGAAAACAACACCGUGACUGACUGGCACACGUUGCUAAGCAUUCACAUGCCUGCAUACUACAACUCCAUCAUUAACGGCGUGGGAACAAUCAUGGUGUCUUAUUCGAGCUGGAAUGGAGUGAAAAUGCAUGCUAAUCGUGAUCUAGUUACCGGGUUCCUCAAGGACACCCUUAAGUUUAGGGGUUUUGUCAUCUCUGAUUAUCAAGCUAUUGACAAGAUCACCACUCCGGUCCUUGCAAAUUACACAUACUCUGUGGAAAAGGGGAUUCUAGCGGGCAUUGACAUGAUCAUGGCCAUUUCCAACUAUACGGACUUCAUUGAUAUCGUGACAUCCUUAGUCGAAAAGAAUAUUGUCCCCAUGAGUCGUAUUGAUGAUGCUGUCAAAAGGAUUUUGAGGGUCAAGUUUGUUAUGGGCCUUUUUGAGAAUCCAUUGGCGGAUUUUAGCCUAGUUAAUCAUCUUGGAAGUCAGGCUCAUAGAGAUUUAGCAAGGGAAGCCGUGAGGAAAUCACUCGUGCUCUUGAAGAAUGGGAACAAUGGAGAAAGUCCCUUGCUUCCUCUCCCCAGAAAUGCGGAAAGUAUCCUAGUUGCCGGUAGUCAUGCAAACAAUUUGGGUCUUCAAUGUGGUGGUUGGACUAUUACUUGGCAGGGAAUGAGUGGCAACAAGCUAACUGCCGGAACUACCAUCUUAGACGCCAUCAAAGCUGCAGUCAGCUCAAACACACAAGUUGUCUACGAGGAGAACCCCGAUGGAAAUUUUGCCAAGUCCAAAAACUUUGACUAUGCAAUUGUUGUUGUGGGAGAGCCACCUUAUGCUGAGUUUCAUGGAGACAACUUGAACUUGACGAUUCCUAAACCCGGUCCUGAUACAAUUACCAACAUAUGCGGGAGUGUAAAAUGUGUUGUCGUCCUCAUCUCUGGCCGGCCUCUUGUGAUCGAGCCUUACCUCCCCUCCAUUCAUGCUCUUGUUGCUGCGUGGCUACCAGGUAGUGAAGGCAAAGGCGUGACUGAUGUCCUUUUUGGGGACUACGGAUUCACUGGGAAACUUUCCCAGACUUGGUUCAAGAACGUGAAUCAACUCCCAAUGAAUUUUGGGGAUCCACAUUAUGAUCCACUCUUCCCCUUCAAUUUUGGAUUGACCACUAAUCCAAUGUAGGCUACAUAUAGCGAUUUGAGCUCUUUUUUCGUUCACGGAUGCAAAAUUGGACUAGUUGUAAUUUUGUAAUUUUUUGUUUUUGUUCUAGACUUGCCGUUGAAUGUGCAAGAACAAUCUAACUAGAAAAUCAUUCAAAACUUUAUCGAAUAACCA